ACCAGCAACACACGAAUGUCGCUGUCUUUCGUGUGGCUCGUGGUUCGGCCGUCAAUGAAUUUCGCGUUUCUAUCGCGAUUCCAUUGAAUUAUGUUAACAGAGGGCUGUGAAAAUACAGCUCCCCCUCGACGACGGCAUUAGACGCGUAGUUAGAAGGCAAGGAAGAACGGAAAUGCAGCAGCAACGAUAACUAACCUUCCAGAGUGCGAUGUCAGUCGAGGCUAAAACCAGCUGCACGACCACUUGCGCUUCAGAGACCGAUGACGGCGAUUACGAGACGUCUAGUGAGGGGCCAGUUCGUAAAGAAGUCGCGCAGAAUUCGACCAAUAAGGAGGCAUUCUCGGCCAGCAGUUCUAAAAUGGGUUCGCAGCAGGACAACGAUACCGAAGAUUCCGAAUCGAAAAAGAAAAAAUCAUCAGAGAAGUUUUUCAGUCUGUUGCACUCGAAUGUUCUAACGAAAUCAGAAUCUAUGCCGGUACUGAAAAGCACUACUUCAUUGGAGGAUACCGUAGAGGAUACCAGGGUAGUCUCUUCAGAGUCCCCGUUGGCUCGUCGCAGGAAAAUGAAGAUGAUAGUGGCUCAAAUCUUCUCGAGAUCCAGUAUCACGUCGACCACACUGUCGGGCGGUUCCAGAACCGAGUUGACGAAAGAAAAUUACCAGGCUAAGAAGAUGGAGUCGAGAACUAUGCUACCUGUGCUCCAGGGCAUAGACUACGAUCCACCGAAUCGUCUGAAGGAGGUAACGUUUCACGAAUUGCCCGAAGAUAAAGAUUUCUCUAGCGACCGAUCUCAGACAUCGGAAAGGAAGAAAACCAAGUCAUCUCGGUUACCCACAAGGGACGACGAGUCUCAGCAACAUUCACAAGAGAAUGGCGAUCUGAUAGACAUCGCGGAGAAUCCUCACCCGUCCAUUAAAUCCUUCUACUUUCCCCCAAAUCCACAGAAAGAGGCUUCUUCCGCGUCUUUGAGGACGCACUCGAGAGCCACCAAAGACGGUGUCCAGAGAGAUGUGAGCGAGCUACGUUUCUUGCUGCAGCAGCUGAACGUAAUAUCGGGUAGGGCUCGUGCCCUGAGUCAGAUCGAUCCCUUUCUCUCAAGUCAAAGGCAUUCUACCCAGUGUUCACCGUAUUCCAACAUAUCUGGUUAUUACCUUCAUCAAACAGAGACUUAUAGCCGGGAUACGCAAGUGAACGACUCAAUACAGUUGAUAAGCAGGCAGAUGAUAGACGAAUCUUCUCAAGGAAUUAGAGAUACAGAUUAUGUGGGAAGUAGGGCAUUUUGCCCAGCGGGCAACCAGAUGGUCCCUCUGGGUCGUGACUAUACCCACUAUGAGAACCCAAUGAAACAUUCCUCCAGGUACGUUGGAAGGAACUUAUCCAGUGGGCUGACCAAUAGGACAGUUGGGGAAGAUGACAGCCGAGUUACUUUGAAUAAUUUCCACUUCCAAUUUGGACAGUAUGUAGAGAAGCAUCCAUCAGGCUCAUUGAUUCCUUCUGUCAGCAGCUCGUGCUAUAGGUGCCACAGAAAUAGAACCUGUGUCCUUUCGCAUUACGACGACACUGCUGGAUGUAGCACCAGUAGCGGAGGUGGCCAAGUGACAUCAGCUUUCAGCAAACGAGCCGACGAAAACCUGUAUAAGUCAAGGGACCUUGUUGAGAAGUCAACAAUGAAGUCGAAGGAAUUUCCACUUGAUUUGUCAGAUAAUCAACCAAAACCAUCAUGGGCAUCAUUAAUGAAUUCUAGUUCUAAAGUCCGUACAACCUGUGUUAACGCAGAACUCCUUGCUGAUGAGAAGCCUCGUUCCCACAAGAAUUCAGCAAAAAACUCUAAUAACAGUCUCCAUUGUUAUCAAGACCAGAGUGUUGCAGCAUCUUUGAUACGUAUUGCGUCAGACCUGAGCAGGCCCAGUACAGUCAAGUGUCUGAACAGUCAAGCGUCUCUAGUAAUUUCAAAAAGAGACCAAGACGUAAUGGUAUCAAAUCUAGGACUAGUAGAGGACCAAACAACUAGUUGUUCGAGUCAAGUGGUCACGAAGCACGAGCAUCCCAAAGGGCAGAAGAAGAAAAGUGUCAAAGACCUGGACGUCCAGUGUUCAGGAUCGAACUUGAAGUUUCAUCAGAAGGAAAUUGCCCUCGGGCAGUCAAUGGAAAGUUUUCUGAAACCUUCAGUGUCCGAAGAGAGUAACGCAUCCAAGGGCAGCUCCAACCAAUCGAAGAGCAUACAGGUGGCCACAGAAGAGAAGGUGGUUGUUGUCCCCAUCGUCUUUACGGAUGGUGUCCCAGAGCCCCAGAAAAUUCCCCUAUUCACAGUCACCAGAUCAAGGACCCAUCUGCACAAUGUGAAAUGCCACCUGGUCAAGCUCAAAAAAGGAACAUCCGCCUUGACUCAGAGCAGCAUGGUCUCAGCAAACAGCAUCGAAUCAUGUGAAACGUCACUGAACAGGGAUGACAGCAAGAGCAAGAUGUCAGUGUCUUGCGUUAGUCGUUCGUCCCUCCAUUGCAGGAACGGAUCCCGCACAGCAAACACCAUCAAAACUCUAUCAGACCAUCGUCAUAGGUCAGAUAGUAAGCACAAGAGGGUUGGAAGCAUGGCAUCUGGUUACACACAGUCCACAAAAGCACACUCCGAACCAACGAAGAAGAGGGUGAUGUAUGGAAUGAGAAGUUCACCAGAGGAUUUCGUUUUCGAUACCUGAAUGACUAACCUGGAUGGGCUUAAACAACGUGUAUGUCAUUUCAGUGUCCAUCCCUGAGGAAUUGAGACUGGGGUGACUCAUUUUGCAAACUGUUUCAAAUGGGCAAAUUUUAGGAGCUGGCUCCAAGGUGUAGGACUAUGCUGAUGCAGCCAUUAGCAAAAUCAUGCAAUUUCUAAGGUCAAUUUGGACCUUUUCUUGGUGGGAAAGGUCCAAAUUGUUAAUAUAAUUUUGAUACCUGCAUUUAUUUGAAACUUUUAUUGGAUUUAAAACGAGACAUUGAGGAGUGGGUGUUCGAGGUGCAACGAUAUAAAAUCGAACACUGUUUUUAUACUAGUUAUUGUAGAUAAGGAUGUGACGUCUUUUGCAAGCAGUUAUUAAGAUACAUAUAAUUACUUCCAGCAGUACUUUGCAUCAAUGUUAAUGUACCUUGAAAAUGGUGGUGUGGCUGUUAAUAAA